AUGUCCAGCACCGCCAACACCUUCCACCACCCCCAACCCUGGCGCACCUUCAGCACACCACUCACAAUCCCGCGCCCCGCAAACUACAACUACAACUACAACCCCUACCACCCCAGUCUCUACGACCUCCACAGCCACCACUACCACCACCACCGCUCCAACACGCCCCCCUCCCUCUCCCCCUCCCCCGCACCCUCAACAUCCACCACCGCCUCCGCCGCCUCAACCCGCGUCUCAAUCGAGAUCGAGGAGCUCCCCAGCGACACCACCGACGCCGACGCCGACUCCGCCGUCGGCAUCGAGCUGCUCACCGGCGAGUUCGAGGAGGCGCCCGAGAACUACCGCCGCGCCGGCGGCACGCUGGUCUACGAUUCGGACGCCGAGGACGACGACGAGGGGGCCUUGGCCGCGUCGCAUAAGAGCAUUCUGUACGGGUUUGAGCGCCUGACGGCCCGCGGCGGGAAGAGGAGCUAUGCGGAGAGUGUGGGGUCGCUCAGUAGUGGCAGCGGCGGGGGCAGCUGCUGGGGCGAUAGUGGCGUGGAGUCGGAGGGGGAGAGUGGCGAGGAGGAGGAGGGGGGCAGGAGGAAGGUGAGGAAGGUGCAUGGGGUGCCUGCGGCGGCGGCUGUGCCGGGGUGUGGGUAUGGGUAUGGGUGGGAGGAUAAUGAGAUUGAUAUGGAGCUGUAG